AUGGCACGCCAGAGAAGAUGGCCGCCAGAUAUGUUGUUGGGGUUGUUCGUCUGCUCAAUAGCAUUCCUCUGCGAUGGCGCCGCCACUCGAACAUCAUCCUCGAACGACGUCGAACAGAACUCGAACGCAAUACAUGUUUUGCCACAACCUCGACCACAGACCUUGACCCGUAGACGUCAAGAUGGUCACGCUCAGGUCAAUCACAUGUCGAGGACAUCAACAACAAUAGCACCGACACCAACGAAACCAUCACAGCGGAUUGUGUCAACCACAUCAACAGCCUACUAUACAGCCACCGUCACUUCGAGCCCGACUCCCCGAAAGCGCAACUUUGUCGACAUCAGUGAGCUUCUUGAGUCAAUAGACUCGCUACAAGAAGCACUCGCUUCGGCAACAGCCAGCGCAGUGUCUCUGUCACGAGAAUUUGCGGUUUCCAUAAACCAACUGGAAUCUUCAACCCAGUAUCUUGCCGCAUCGGCAUCGAGUGCGCUGUUGGUUGCGGAAGCAUCCGCCUCGAAAGCGCUGGCGGCAGCGGAGGCUUCUGCUGCCAAGGCGCUCUCUGCCGUGGAAGAAUCAGCUGCUAGUAGCAUCAGCGAGGUGUUAGCAGUGGCCACCUCGACAAUCCCAAGGACAAGCAAUGAUACCUAUCGGACACAAGUAGACAAUGGAGAUGAGUCCAGUGUGUCUCCAGCUAUUGUCGGCAUUGCUGUCGCGGUCUCGGUGGUUGGUUCGUCACUUAUAUCUCUGCUCGUGUUCUUUUUCUUCACGCGACGUCGCAAAGCUAAGCAACGUGCGCAAGAGGAAGAAAAUGAAAUGAAUGCUGCCCUCGACCGAGCCAUUGUUUCCUACAUUGUCAAGGAGCUACCAAGCCCUCAGGGAUCGACAGGUCAACAAACCGGUCAACGACAAUUUUGGAUUGAAGGCAAGGAGGAAGGCGAUGCAGGAAACUCUUUCGCGCCAAGUCCACCCCGACCUACUGAGCCGACCCCAACAGGUCCCUCAGACUUGCACCAUGUGGAAGAGCUCCCACCGACACCACCCUCACCUCAAUCGGGCAUGAUACCAAUACAAGCAAUGCCCUCGCCCAAGCCAUCGACACAGCCCCCACCCUCACGGUCAUCUUUAGACAGGGUGCCUCGGGGCAUGUCACGUUCUAGAUCCCACAGGUCGCCAAGGAUGGCGAAACCACCACCAGCUCACAUGCGGUCUCAUUCUCAAACGACCCCUUCUCCGAGUGUGAUGUCGGGUUACUUUGGUCAUCAACCUUCCGCCUCCGACGCAUCUGGUGGGUCAACCUGGUAUCAGCCCAGCAUGACGCCCUCGUCGAUUGCUAUCAGCAGGGCGCUCAGCCGGCGGACGGCGUCUUCUCACUUUAUGGACAGCGCCGAGAAGAUCUAUGGUGAUAUUCUCACAAGUCCGUUGGAAAAGGAUCCGCUGGAAGCGCCAUAUCAGCCGGUCCCUGAGCCGCCGGUAAAUACACUUCCCAAAUCCUCGUCAGAGGUGAAACGGGAGGAUGUAGGGUGGCCUUUGCCGGCGAAGGAGGCAUGGUUAUGAUCUUAAGGGGGGAAAUGUGCUUGUUCAGGCCUGGGAGUUUGGGAGUUCUGGGCAGAAUGGGUGGUCUCCCUGUCUUCCGAAGCAACGUGAUAGCAUCAAUGUACAUUAUUUUGCAGCGCUAUAUACCACAAUAUCUGAAGUUAUUCUCACCC